CCACACGAGGAAGUCUACCCCAAACGCCUUCUAAUUGGUCGACGGAUGAGUAGCCGGACCAUAGCCGGAGGCAAUACGGAGGCAAGCCGGAGGCUAGUCGGAGGAAGAGAAAUGCUGGAGAGCGUAUAAAGAGGAGUCUGGCAAUGAAGAAAACAAAUUUCCCAGUUCAUCCUCAGACAUCAUGUCGCCUCAUGCCGUACACACCGUCCCGUCCGGGACCAAUAAUUGGUGGAAAGAGGCCACUAUCUACCAGGUCUAUCCUGCCUCAUUCAAAGAUUCUAAUGGUGAUGGCUGGGGAGAUAUUCCGGGGUUGAUUUCCAAAAUUCCCUACCUACAUUCACUGGGCGUGGACGUUGUCUGGCUCUCACCGAUGUAUGACUCGCCCAUGCAUGACAUGGGCUACGAUGUUUCCGACUAUGAAAAUGUCUUGCCAGCAUAUGGUAGCGUUAAGGACGUAGAACAGCUUGUGGAAGCCUGCCAUGAACGAGGCAUGAAGCUGAUCCUGGACCUGGUCAUUAACCACACUAGCGAUCAACACAAAUGGUUUCAGGAAAGUCGCAGCAGCAAAGACAAUCCCAAGCGGGAUUGGUACUUCUGGCGUCCGCCUAGAUAUGAUGCAGAUGGCAAUCGCUUGCCACCAACUAACUACCGCGGGUAUUUUGCCGGUGGCACCUGGACAUGGGACGAACAUACCCAGGAGUAUUAUCUCCAUUUAUAUGCGAAAGAACAGCCUGAUCUGAAUUGGGACAACGCGGAAGCCCGAAAGGCAAUCUAUGACAGUGCGGUUCGCUUCUGGCUGGACAAAGGCGUCGAUGGUUUCCGCGUGGACACAGUGAACAAGUACAGCAAGUACACGGAUUUCCCGGAUGCACCGAUCACCGAUCCAAAAAGCUUUAUUCAACCGGCAAUCCAGAUGUGGUGCAACGGACCUCGCAUCCACGAGUUUCUGCGAGAGAUGUAUGACGAUGUUUUGCAGCCUUACGGGGAUGUGGUGACCGUUGGCGAGCUGGCCAACACACCCGACCCUCAGCAUGUCUUGAAAUAUGUCGGCGCAUCUGCCAAACAGUUGAGCAUGGUCUUCCAUCUGGACAUCGGCCACAUCGGCAUGGGCAGCCGUUUAGAAGACAAGUAUAUCUUUCAACAGUGGCGGCUGACGGAGAUGAAGUCUAUCGUGACCAAGUGGCAAACCUUCAUUGAGGGUACCGACGGCUGGACAACAGCCUUCUGUGAAAAUCACGAUAAUGGUCGUUCUGUUUCUCGGUUUGCCUCUGAUGCACCCGAGCACCGCGAACGAUCGGCUAAAAUGCUAGCUCUGAUGAUGAUGGCCAUGACGGGAACAUUGUUCCUCUACCAAGGUCAGGAGAUUGGUAUGAUCAACGCGCCGCGCGACUGGCCGGUCGAGGAGUACAAGGACAUUGAAGGUCGCGGGUAUUAUCAGGAAGCAGAGCGUCUGGUCGCGACCGGUGUCGAUCCCACACGUAAAGAGCGUAUCAUGGACGGACUUCGGAUCCUGGCGCGCGAUCAUUCCCGACUCCCUAUGCAAUGGGACGAGACAGCUCAUGCUGGCUUCACAACGGGCACGCCAUGGAUGCGCGCUCAUGAUCAGUACAAAGAGAUCAAUGUACAGAAACAGCAGGCAGAUCCGGGAAGCGUGCUCUCAUUCUGGAAGUCUGUAUUGCGGUUGCGCAAGGAGUACCGAGACUUGUUCAUCCAUGGGGCUUUCGAGGUAGUAGACUUUGAAAAUCAACAGACAUUCUGUUUUAUCAAGUCGAGAGAUGAGAAACGGGCUCUGGUGGCAUUAAACUUCACGGCUGAGAAUCAGCCGUUUACCCAGGCGGCAACAACUGGAGAUAUGAAGCUGCUGGUCAACAACUGUGCAGAGUCACUUCACGAGACACUGCAGCCAUUUGAGGGAAGGAUUUAUGUUUCAAAGUGACCAACUCGAAUGGAAAGUCGGAUAAGAUAUGUAUGUUUAUUGUGUUUGCCCAGAUCGACAUGUCGUGACUCGUAAACCCUAACCUAGUAUAUAAGCACGUUACAUCGCGUGAUCCUUUACCUUUUCGUAGAACAA